UUUGACAGUUGUAACCAGUGGUCAUCGUAUUUUUUAUACCUCCUUGCAUUUUGAUACCAAAAUAUUAGUUAUUCGCAAAGUGGUAUUACGUGUGCACGAUGAAAAUUCGAACCCACGCAUUUCGGGAAAGGUGGAAUGCAGCCCGCUAGCAACGGUGGAUAUGUCUACAAGGAGUUCAACCGCGAUCCGAGCUCGGCGCGGGCACAAGGAGCGGUCCAAGAACUUCACGGAGCUGGAGAAGCGCACCGUCCUCGAGCUGAUAGCGCGCCACCGCGACGUGCUGCGACAGGGCCGCUCCAACAACGCCACCAACAGAAGCAAACAGCUCGUGUGGUCGACAAUCUGCGAGGAGGUAAACAAACGUUGCGGCGGCGAGCGGCCGCGCACUCCCGCGCAGGUCAAGAUGUGGUACGAGAACUACAAGAAGAAAUGCAAGAUGCGCGCACACGAAACACAUCAACCACCGACCGAAGCGCCCGGCAUACUGGACGGAAUGCUCUGGCAAAGCAUACAUCCACUAGACGUAAAAGAGGAAGAAGGUGAAGCAACGACCAGUGUGGAGGGAGCGCACAGCGUCAAAGAUGACGGCUGCUUGCCGGUUAACAUGUCCAACGGGCGACUGUCAAGCACGAACGACAGCGACGACACGAUGCCGAACGUUCUAGAGCCACACGUACAGAUCAUCCCCCAUUCAUCCCCCACGCCGCCUCUCAAGCCCCUGCCCAACCCCCUCGCCAUCCCGCACAUCCCCAUCCUCUCCAGCCCCCUCCAAGCGAUCGAACAAGCUAGAAUACAGCAAAACCUAUUACAAAAAUUAAACGAACUAUCGAAUACACCUUUGAAUUUGAGUCAUUUGGACGAAGAUAAAAGAAGAAAUGGAAGCGAAAAAAUGGACGAAAAGAUGGACGAUCACAUUAAACACGACUGUGGCACCGCCACAGAAGAGGAGAGAUUAUAUUUCACGGCGAAAAGGCAGCACGCCAUUUGGGAGCACGAAGCGAAAAUGAAAAUCCUAAACAUGGAACUGAGGCAGAAGGAAGAGAUAUUUUCCUUGCAAAAACAGUUGUUUCUCAUCGAGUUAAGGUUAAAAAUGGACUUUUUGGAGAAGGCGAGCGCCAAAUAAGGUAUUGGUGACAAUAAUAAUGUGUUUCUUCGAUUUAAUUAAGACACUGUGUGUCUUUGUAAGUGAGAUUGUUAGGUCAGGGUAUCGAUCUAACUAGAAUAAUGAAAUGUUUAGCACCACUGGUUUUCAAUUCAUUUUUCCAGGGAAAAGUAACCUUUUCCUUUAAGUAUUUUUUUAAUGUCUGUCUAGUUAGAUAAAAGCCCUGCUUUAUAAAUAAUGUGUAAAUUCAUCAUGAUUUUUCACAUGUCUUGAACAUUAACUGAAUCGUUUAAAAUACAUAAUUAACUAGUUCUUGGUGCCAUAGACAACAUUAUAAAUGUUACACGUAGAUAUGACACUUGUUUUUGGUCACAGACCGUUAUUAUAGUUUGCAGAAAGAUAGCAUUAAAUGCCCAUGAUAUUAUUUUAAAUGUUAUUAUAUUUUUUUAACAAAACAAUGACAAUUUAUUUAACGUUGACAAUAGUAUUUUUAGUAAUAAUAUGAAGAGCGUGGUACAAUAUUUAUUUUACAAAUUAUCGUACCCGUAUUAUGUUAUGUUAGAAGAAUCGUGGAUAUUUUUGUAAUUAUUUUGCAAAGCUAAUUUUUUCAUUUUAGCAGUUUUAACAUGCUUAAGAUAUUUUAUAACGCUUGAUGCGAAACUUAUGUGGUAUUACUGAUAAGGCAGCUCCGACAAUAUGUUUAUUUUUUGUUAUAUGAAAAUUAAUAACCAAUAAUAAUUACGUACUUCAAUUAAAUAAUUAUUUUAAUUUAAAUAAAUUUAAAAAUAUGAUUUAUUUUUAUGUUUACCGUGAUUUACGUAAGUGGAAGUCUUGAUAGUAUUUUUUCCUUUUUUAUAUAAAAAAUAGUACUUAGCAUUUCGUAUGCUUAUUUUUUAGAUUUUAAUACCCAUAUUUGGGAGUCAAAGUACUUUUGACAUGUGUCAAGUAUAGCGAAACGCUAUAAAAACCUAGUCGUAGAUGGUAUAGCAGUUGUAUGAAUCAGUAAUUUUCUGGACUAAUUUUAAUAAACAUUAGUACUAACAAAAAAUGCACAAAUCUUGAAAUAUCAAUUUUGCAUUUAUUAAAGUUAGUUUGCGAUAAAAAAAAAGUAUUUAAAGCAUUUUUUUCUCUUGUAAGAAAAUUGCUCAGUUGCGUUUGAUUUAUAUAUCUGCCAGAUAUAGUUAUUCUUAACGCAAUAAUAAGGGUUAGUGUUCAUCUACAAUGCCUCGCAAUGCAAUCGCACGCCAUUGUGCUUUCGUUCAUUCUUAAAAUGUAUUUUGGUAUUUUAAAGACCUCAAUGAAUCUAAUCUUAUGCAAUAAUUAUCCUAUUCGUUAAUACAGG